ACUUCAAAGUCUUCGGUAAACUGUGAGAUUACAUAUAGUGUAAGCGGCAUUACCCUUUUAUAUCCUUCUUAGGGAAAAUAUGCCAACACUGUUCCUGUACUAGAGCCAGCUCCCGUUAGUGGACGUUGAUAUCCAACAAACUUGUAGGUUCACUCCAAACAUAGGUAGAUAGAAGGAGGUGAAAAAAAAUUCAUGAUUACAUGCUUUUUCCUUGUUGAACUUAUUUCCUUGCUGUUCUUGUUUGAAAAGCUCUGAAAGGGAAAUAAUCACCUCUUGUUGAGUCCUUGGCACGAUUUAAGUCACUUUAUCUAAUUUUAGUUUUUAUUGUGAUGUAUACAUAACAGAAGGCUGUAUAAAACAUAAGUACAUUUUUAAGAAUUAUAAUUAAGCAAACACUUGAUCACCACCCCUCAGGUUAGGAAAUAAAGCAUUGCCAAAAACUUAAAUAUGCAUUCUCAGCAGAGGUGAUUGCCUUUUGAGGAGGUAAAAAAUCGUUCUUGUUGGGUGGGGGUGAGAGGGCAAAAAAACCCUUAGAUAAUACAAUAGUUUGUGGCCCUCCAAAGAGCCAUAGUACGUAAACUGUGGUAUUAAAUUUUCAUGUGGAGGGGUAGGGUGAGAACAUGAUUAGGGGAAAAAAAAAGUCUUAAGAAAGCACCUUUGGGGUACAGUAAUUACAAUAUGUUGAAAAAUACUGCCUUAGAAGCUCCCUGAAUGAGUUUCUGUGAUUCCAUCUCCUCCGGCAAGAGACAUGGCCCAUGGACAUGGACAUGAACAUGGUCAUAGUAAAAUGGAACUUCCAGAUUAUAAACAAUGGAAUAUAGAAGGGACACCGUUAGAAACUGUCCAGGAGAAGCUGGCUGCACGAGGGCUAAGGGAUCCAUGGGCCCGCAAUGAAGCUUGGAGAUACACUGGUGGCUUUGCAAAUAAUGUUUCCUUUGUUGGUGCAUUAUUAAAAGGAUUCAAAUGGGGAUUUGCUGCAUUUGUGGUAGCUGUAGGGGCUGAAUAUUACCUGGAGUCCCAGAAAAAAGAUAAGAAGCAUCACUGAAGAUAAUACCUGGAAUUAUCUUUUAAUGUCUUCUUAACUCUCUUAUAAAAAGAAGAUUUCUUCACUGUAGCCUACUCAUCUGUGUGUUUGUUCCUUACUUGGUUCUAGUAAGAUUUAAUA